AUGUUUAAUUAUAAGUACCUCAGUAAAGAGCACCUGGAGGGGUUCGAUAAUUAUAAGUAUAUGGCGAAAGAUACAAGUCCUCUUAGUGUCUAUGUUAUGCACCCAUUCUGGAACAAAGUUGUAGAGCUGGUGCCCCGUUGGGUGGCGCCCAACGUGCUGACCUUCGCCGGUUUCCUGCUGACCGUACUCGACUUCGCGCUGCUCUCCUACUACGACUACGACUACACGGCGGCCAGCGCCUCCGUCAUGAAUGUCACCAUUGCCGAGCAACCGCUUGAAAGCCGCCCGGAGGUGAUACCGCAGCGGCUAUGGUACGUGCUGGCGGCGUUCCUCUUCCUCGCGUACACUCUGGAUGGAAUAGACGGCAAGCAGGCCCGCCGAACCCAGACUUCUGGUCCGCUGGGCGAGCUCUUCGACCACGGGCUCGACUCCUACUCAGUUUUCUUCAUACCGGCCUGCCUCUACUCCAUCUUCGGACGCCUCGACUUUUCAAUACCGCCAAUCAGGAUAUACUACGUGAUGUGGAACCUGCUGUUCAACUUCUACCUCAGCCAUUGGGAGAAAUACAACACGGGUGUGCUUUUCCUGCCCUGGGGGUAUGACUUCAGUAUGUGGGCCUCCACUGCGCUAUUCGUGUGGACCGGUAUCCACGGCACAGGGUACUUCAAGCGGUACCUGUUCGGCGGGUACACCCUCGCCAACGGGUUCGAGUGGCUCAUCUACGGGACGGGGAUAUUCACAAACCUGCCGGUGGCGUUGUACAACACAUACAAAUCGUACAAACUUCGCACGGGCAGAAUGCGGUCGACGGCUGAGGCGUUACGGCCGCUGUGGUCCGUGCUAGCGGUCUUCGUGACGGCCAGCGCUUGGAUGCACGCGUCCCCCUCACUGCCCGGAGGCGAUCUGCGCGCCCUCUUCCUACUCAUCGGCACGAUAUUCAGCAACGUGGCGUGUCGCCUGAUCGUCAGCCAGAUGAGUGGACAGCGCUGCGAGCUGAUCAACUGGCUGGUGUGGCCGCUCUGUGGGGCCGCCCUGCUCUCUACGACGGCGCCGCGCUACGAGAUGCCCGCCUUCUACGCGCUCACGGCGCUCAGUGUAGCCGCCCAUGUACACUACGGCGCCUGCGUAGUGCGUCAAAUGUGCGAUCACUUCCGAAUAAGCUGCUUCCACAUAAAACAACGUACAGAU